AGACAAGACCAUCGCCAAACGCGCGCAUUGCCUCGCCAUGGACGCUGCUCUGGAGAUCCUUGACCCUUUGGUCUUUGACAGGGCCUACGCCUACUUUCACCCAGCCGUAACGGCCCCUAACGCCACGGAGUCGCUGUCGUCGGCGGUCUACGAGUCGGCAUGGGCACGCGACAACAUCCUACGCCAGUGCACCUCGAUCCUCCUGAUCACACAGAUUGGCGCCUCGCUACUGUAUUUCAUCUUCAGCGCAUUCUCAUACUACUUCGUAUUCGACCGUCGCCUUGAGUACCACCCACGUUUUCUGAAGAACCAGGUGCGCCAGGAAAUCGCAUCGUCAAUGUGGGCCGUGCCUUUCAUCAACAUUCUCACCCUGCCGUGGUUCCUGGGCGAAGUUCGUGGCAAGAGCUUCCUCUACAGCAAUGUCAGCGACUACGGUUGGACAUGGAUGGCCAAAUCGACAGUCCUGUUCAUGAUCUGGAACGACCUACUCAUUUACUGGAUUCACCGUCUCGAGCACCAUCCCAGUGUGUACAAGUACAUUCACAAACCUCAUCACAAGUGGAUCAUGCCCACGCCCUGGGCAGCUCUGGCCUUUCACCCUCUUGACGGCUAUGUCCAAUCUCUGCCGUAUCACGCCUUUGUGUUCCUCUGUCCCGUGCAGAAGCACCUGUAUCUGAUUCUGUUCAUCCUCGUCCAAAUCUGGACCAUCUUCAUCCAUGACGGUGACAUGAUUUCCGGCCACUGGCUCGAGAAGUACAUCAACAGCCCUGCACAUCACACGCUGCACCACCUGUACUUCAACGUCAACUACGGACAGUACUUCACAUGGGCUGACAAUGCGUUCGAUUCGCACCGCGCGCCCCGUCCCGAACUGGAUCCUCUACAUGAUGCUCUCAGGGUCAUGCGUGAGAAGGGCCUCGUCGAUGAGAAGGGCGAACCCAUCCCUCAGAGGAAGAAGGACGAUUAAAAGGGCUUUCAACUGAGCACCGCGACGUUUCGAAAGACGGGAUGACGUGACACGAUCCUAGAGAGAGAGAGAGACAGACCGCGCGGAAUAGCGGACACAUGGUAAUUCAGCAUGCUGGCAUGCCUCGGAUCGACUUGUUCGAUGGCUUGAGCCAGGCUCAUACGGGGUUUACUACUUUUUAAUACAUGUUAAUAUGAUACCCGACUUUGAC